AUGGUUUAUUCAACAUUAGAAGGAGUCCAAGUACUCGCUCCAAUUAAAACUACACCUCAAUAUGAAGGCUCUGCUUCCACAACUCAAGGUGAUAUCUUAACUAAAAGUGCUUUGAAAUUUGUUUCUUUAUUGCACCGUUCCUUCAAUUCUACUAGAAAGCAAUUACUUGAAAAUCGACAAAAAGUUCAAGCAGAAUUAUCAAAAGGUAAAUCAUUAACAUUCCUUGAUGAUGAAGAACUUGUCAAGAUUAGAAAUGACCCAACAUGGACAGGUGCUUUCCCUGGUAUUGGAUUGGCAGAUAGAAGAUCCGAAAUUACUGGCCCACCGGAACGUAAGAUGGUCGUUAACGCCAUGAACACUCCAGUGAAGACUUAUAUGACUGAUUUUGAAGACAGUACGUCUCCUACAUGGGCAAAUGUUAUAGAUGGGCAAGUGAACUUAUAUGAUGUUAUUAGAGGACAAAUUGAUUUUGAGAAUCCUGACAACGGCAAGCUUUACAAAGUUGAUAAAUCCAAGACAGCCCCAGUACUUUUAGUUAGGCCCAGAGGUUGGCAUAUGGUUGAAAAGCAUGUUCUUGUUGAUGGUGAACCAAUCAGUGCCUCCCUUUUUGAUUUUGGUUUAUUCUUCUUUCAUAAUACUAAGCAAUUGAUCACCAAUGGGUUUGGUCCAUAUUUCUACUUGCCUAAGAUGGAGCAUCAUUUAGAAGCUAAGUUAUGGAAUGAUGUUUUCAACGUUGCCCAAGAUACUUUAUUCAUUCCCCGAGGGACAAUCAGAGCCACUGUAUUAAUUGAAACCUUACCUGCUGCGUACCAAAUGGAAGAAAUCAUCUAUCAAUUAAGACACCAUCUGGCUGGUUUGAAUUGUGGAAGAUGGGAUUAUAUUUUCUCAACUAUCAAGAGGUUAAUUAAUGAUCCCUCCAAGGUGUUACCAAACAGAGGUCAAGUGACUAUGACUGUACCAUUCAUGUCUUCCUAUUGUAAGCGUUUAAUUAAUAUUUGUCAUAGAAGACAAGUCCACGCUAUGGGUGGAAUGGCUGCACAGAUUCCCAUCAAAAACGAUAAAGAAAAGAAUGAUAUGGCUAUGGCAAAAGUUAAAGCCGAUAAAUUGAGAGAGGCAACAAUGUACUAUGACGGUACUUGGGUUGCUCAUCCAGCCUUGGCACCUAUUGCUAAUGGUGUAUUUGAUGAGUACAUGCCAACUCCCAACCAGAUCCAUAUCACACCAGAGGCUAAUGUUUCUGAGAAGGACUUGUGUGACACCACUAUUGACGAUAGCUUCAUUACUUCUGAAGGGAUCAGGGAAAACUUAUACAUUGCAUUAUGUUAUAUGGAAGCUUGGUUGAGAGGUUAUGGUUGUGUUCCAAUUAAUAAUUUAAUGGAAGAUGCAGCUACUGCAGAAGUUUCUAGAUUACAAUUGCAUUCAUGGGUUAAGCAUGGCGUUAUUUUGAAAGACACCGGCAAAGCUAUUACACCUGACUUGGUAUCAUCAAUUUUAGCAGAAGAAGUCAAGAAAUUAGAUAACAAUAUUGGUAAUAAGUUUGCCAUUGCUGCAAAGUAUUUGGAGCCUGAAAUAACUGGUGUUACUUUGAGUGAGUUCUUGACGACUUUAAUCUAUGAUGAAGUUGUUAUUGCAGGUGAACCAAUUGAACUUUCUUCAUUGAAGGAGUAA